GAGAUCUUUUUUAUUCUAGCCAUGCUAACCAAAAUAAUGGACAACUGGGCACUUUUAUGCAUGAGCCUUAGCAUGAUGGGGGGUGCAAUAACUUAGGGAACCACACCUGCAUGGAAGCACCUGCUUUCAAUAUACUUGGCAUCCCUCGUUUAAGCAAGUGUUUCCUUUAUUUUGGCAGUUACCUGCAGGUUUAUCAAAUAACUAUAUGAACUGUGGUCCAGAGAACAUAAACAGGACAAGGAGAGUGCCCAAAUCCAUCCAUCCAUUGCAGGUAAAAUAUGUUGUCCUAGUUUUUAUCUUGGCCAGGUCGCAGUUGUAAAUGAGAACUUGUUCUCAACUUGCCUACCUGGUUAAAUAAAGAAAUAAAGAAAUACAAUUCCCUGGGAAAGGAGGGGCGGUUGGCAUGGUGAUAACGAGUAAUGACGCCAGUCCAGCUCGCUCUGGCAGUUUCAAGCAAGUGAAAACAACUGAAAGUGGCGUAAAUUGGACUGAAAGAAAACACACACAGCUUGCUAAAAGCAUAUGUCGCUAGAUAGCAAGCGAAAUAUUACUUGUUCGUUUAGGAGGCUAUAAUGAAAUGUUCAUUUGACUAACGUCAGACUGUAACAACAGUAGCUAUAGUAUAGUUACAGUCAACAUCUGUGGAUUUUAGCUGGCUAGCUAGCUUGCUAACGUGACCUGCCUACUGUACUUACUUACUAGCUAGCUAAGCUACAUCACCUUGAGGAUGAAAAAGAGGGUUGAGAAAGUCGUGAAAGAGAAGGCAGCUGGUAACGUUGAGGAUGAGUUUUCGAAAACUGCUGGACUAAAUAUACAGGAGAAAUGUCCAGUUCAGAGGAUAGAUGAUUAUCAGUGCUCUGGCAGCCUGGAGAUGGACUUCCCUGAGCUGUGUUCUCUUCUGGGCAUGAAGGAGAUCCCUGCUGUAACCCCACGAGCCCCAGCCUCUGUCACUCCUACCACAGAGAGAGGCAACAUGGAGGAGAGCCAGUCCCAGAUGGGUGCUGGUAUAGCGACCACAACGUGGUGCCCUAAACCACGCCUCCAAGUGGAGCUGGAGAGCGAGGACCCUCGCAGUAUUAAAGAGGUCAGGGUGUGUGGGUGGAAGGUAGAUGAGCUGAUGGCUCGAGUGCUUAACAAGACACUUCCAGCCCUAAGCAACCUACAGAAUCUGCAUCUGUGGUGUGCUGGUCUGACGGGGCGAACUCUGACCUCCCUGAAGAAUACAAUAUCUCUCUGCUCAAACCUAAGGACUGUGGUUUUGGAGGGAAACCCACUACCAGAGCAGAGUUAUCACCUCCUUAUAUCUGAAGACAGUAUGCUUACUCAUGUAUCACUGCGUAAUAACCGGAUUGGCGAGGAGGGAGCUCGCCUGAUUGGCUCAGCCCUCGCUACAGCCCAGACUGCCAACAAUAAUCUUCUGUCACUCAAUCUGGCCUUCAAUUCCAUUGGUGAUGCGGGUGCUGCUCAUAUAGCGCAGGGUUUGCGUCUGAAUCGCUCUUUGCUGUGUCUAUCUCUGGCCAAUAAUCAUAUUGGAGACACAGGAGCCUCUCGUCUGGCAGAGGUGCUGGGUCCCUUUUCUCUGACCCAUGAUGAGGUUGUUGAGAGGAGGAGGCUGCUGCUCAGAAGAGACCUGUCGCCCUCUCAUGCUGACUCUAAGUGUGAACGACCUCUCUCCAUCCCCAGCAGCUCCUCACUGGAGCGCAACGUCAGCAAAGGAGCCAAGGGUGCCUCCAAGAAAAAAGACACAGCCAAAAAGGAUGAGAAGCCAGCAGCAAACCAGACAGGAGGGGUAGCAGGAAAGAAAGAGGAACCAAAGUUGGCCAGAAAAGCCUCUGACACCAAGUUGCCCCGGGGUAAAGGGGGAAAGUCAGGGGGUAAAGAGAAGCGCCCAUCUGUGUUGGAUCAAGAGGAGAAGGCCAAUGCUACACAGAAUAAGUCAGCAGAGUUGGUUGAGACAGUGAGCCCCCUGCUGGAGCCGGGAGUGCAACACACUGGAGGCCGAGUAAUUCUGCCUGGGAACACAGCCCUCACCUCCCUCAACCUAGCAGGCAACAGGCUUUCAGAGCAGUCGCUGCUCCUCUUCCUGUCCUCAGUGGGGGCGCAGACUGAAGGGGGAGGUCUGCUUCGUCUCUGUCUCAAUAGAAACCGCUUCCCUCCAGACUGUGAUUCCUUCCUCAAGAUAAAAGAACUGAUGUCACUCAGGGAUCCUCUCAACAAAACGGCCUCUGCUCAAGUAGAUGACGAACAGGGGCAGGCAGCAUAAACUAUAGAUAGCAGAGUGAAAAUCUUAACUCCCCUACCCAUUUUGUUAUCGUGGGUACCAGAACCAAUUUGUGCUAUCAUUCCACACCUUGCCACUCCUUGUUUGGCAUAUGACAAUAACUGGCAUGAUAGCAGGUCUGGUACCCAGGCUACCAAUUUGUUUCUCAAUUUGAAUUACAAAUUGAUGUUUUUCCUGCUAGUGCCCCAUUUAUAUUUCCACGUGUCACUUGUCUACUCUAGUCCAAUCAAUAAACAAAAACAAUGACAUGAAAUACUACACACCUCCACAACUGUUCACUUCAUAAGAGGUGAAAUCUUUAACUCUGAAAAUAAACAGUUGUAGGAAUCAGGAUGCAAAAUAAUUUCAAGAAAGCAAAAUAUUUUUUUUGAUAGGAUGUUCUCUGUGAUUCUUAAUGUAAACAUUUAGGGCAGUAGUGUAUCUGUACAGGCACUCCAGUUAUCAGUUCCUUCAUAACACUGCAGCAGUGUGAUGGCUCUCCAUCAAUGCACAUUGGAUGCAUUGUAGUUUAUGAAUUCCAUUCAAAUGUCUUUGUAUAUCAGCAAGCUCCUGAUUUAGUUAAAACAUUUAUGAUACCAAGCCAAACAAAGCACAAAAAUAGCGAUCUGUUUUACAUACUUUUUAGUUGUCACUUGAAAGGUGCCAGCACGCACCAGGAUGUGAAAACGAGUCUCUACUGGUGAAUGCAUUUCAAGACAAAUUUGUGAAGGCACAUUGGACAACAUUUAUUUCAUGCCUCUGUUACCUGCUAGAUAAACUUUAAAUGAGCUGCAAUGGAUGGGAUGGGGACAUCCUUGGUACUCCUGCCAGUAUUUUACACUCUCAGCACCUGAUGUGUCAACGUUCAGCUCCAUCCAGCGUGACACCCAGGCAAACAAUGUAAAAAA